AUGCACUGGUCCACAUAUGCCAUAGUGCCAGUCGCAAUGUACGCUAUCUGUUACAUUCUCGACUCGAUCAAGGAUCGGUGGUAUGUUUUCGACCCACCCUUCCUUCACGAGCUCGCCCGUUCGGCUAUCGCGUCUUACCCGAACGACACGGCGGUCAUUGCUUUGAACCCUAGCCUCGACAGGAGCGAGUGGUUCUUCAACAACGCAGGCGGCGCUAUGGGCGCGCUCUAUCUCAUUCACGCCAGCAUCACCGAGUACCUCAUCAUCUUUGGCACACCACUUGGGACUGAAGGACAUUCGGGCAUGCACACUGCCGAUGACUAUUUUCACAUCCUCGAGGGCGAGCAAUGGGUGUUCGAGCCGGGCAUGUUAAAGAAGGACGUGUAUCGUCCGGGAGAUAUGAACCUGAUGCCGCGCGGUGUCGUCCGACAAUACAAGAUGCACGAGAACUGCUUCGCCCUGGAGUAUGUGCGCGGCUGGGUACCUCCCAUGAUGCCGUUCGGACUGGCGGAUGCGUUCACGUCGACUCUAGACAUCCCAACCGUCUAUAAGACGAUUCGUAUCACGGGUCGCGAGAUUCUCCGCAAUCUACUCAUAGGGAAGAUAUAG